AUGGUAUAUUGCUGUAUUAACCCAGUAUGUCGUUUGAAACCCCACGCACUGUCAGAGAAGCUAAAAUGCUUCGCGGAAACGCCAAGAGCCAAGAGAAAAAAAAACAAUCUCGUUAAAGAUGGACUCUCACUUUUACAGUCGGACGAAGGGAUUCCCUGUGAUGAAUAUAAACUCUUAGCCGAUAUGAUCCGAGAACAUUUAGACACAUUACAAGUAACAAUUGAUCAUGUAAUUAAAUUCAAAUGUGAAGAACUAAAAGUUGUUGAAUAUAUAUCCGAAGAAGACUUAGAUAACGCCGAACAAGAGAUAGCCAUGAUUGAACAGGCACAUUUCUGCGAAGAUCAAGACAACUCAAUGCCAAUCGGAGUGUCCAUGUUGUUACAAUCAAGACGACGAGGAUGGUUUGGUGAUUUAGAACCUAAGCUUAGACGUCGACGGAAAGUAGAAUUGGUUGAUGAUCUUGGAGUUUCGGGGUUGGAUCUAGGUCUUGAUGGGGUAGCAGGUGAACUUAUAGGACACAUUUUCAGUUUUGUAAGAUUGUCCACGGCAUUGAGCACCAUGGUUGUAUGGGGUUGGGUUGGUACAAGUUCUCCUCAAAACUCUGGUCAGAGUUCCAGUUCCACAAGUAGCACUGCAGGAGGAUCGUUCAGAUUCAACAAAUGUGGACCAUCCACCAUUUCCUUAAGAAAAAUAGAAGAAAAAUGA